CGGGGCACUAGGACCCUGCAGAGGCUGUCGGUAGCACUAUGCUAACCUACGAUGCUAACACAAGCUAGUGCUGUCACCAGGAUUCAUGAACCACAUUUACUACAUACAUUUUAGUGCUUCAAUUGAGACUUAGUCAUGUCUCAGGUGGAGAAGAAGGCGGGGCUGCUGCGGAGGACCUCGUCCUCAAAGAAACCCCUAAAAGAGAAGGUGGUGCUGAUGUAUGAUGAGAUUUUUGCGAAAGAAGAUCCAGCCAAAAACAACCCUCGCUUCUGGGAUGAGCUGUUUCUAAUGAAGGUGAACCUGGAGUACUUAGAGUCAAAGUUGGAGAGUGUAGACGGGGAGGAGGUUCAGCGGAUCCAGGACAACAUCAACUCUUUGUUCCACCACUGUGUCCAGGCACUGGGAGAGGAGCACCAGAUCAAAGUGGUCAAUGCUCUGCAGACUCUCUGUGCGCUUUUCCGAGGGGUUCACCAGAAGAACAAGUCUGCGUCCGGCUUUGACAUCAUCAACAUGCUGAUGGGGUUUGACAAGGCUGAGCAAAGGAUGAAGGACCUGAUGGAGAGACUGGACAGCCUUCUCUGUGGAGACGGAUCAGAAAGUCUCAAGAGUCUGUGCCUCAAACUGCUCCUGUGUCUUGUGACGGUAACAGACAAUAUAAGUCAGAACACCAUCCUGGAAUAUGUGAUGAUCAACAGCAUCUUUGAAGCCAUUCUGCAGAUUCUGUCAGAUGUAUCCAGUAGAGGGCAGCAUGGUUAUGAUGCUGUCGUUCUCCUGGCCCUUUUGGUCAACUACAGGAAAUAUGAGUCUGUGAAUCCGUACAUAGUGAAGCUCUCCAUUGUGGAUGAUGAGCCAACCCUCGAUGGAAUGGGGAUGGUUGUCCACCACGCUCUGACAGAAUAUAACAGGCAGUACAAAGACAAAGAGGAGGAGAACCAGGGGGGCUUCUUUUCAACCCUCACUAGUAUGGUGGGCAGCAUGUUUAUAGCAGACGCUGACGAGAAACUCUCUGUGCAGACAAAUGAGGCCAUUCUGUUGGCGCUGUAUGAGGCAGUGCACCUAAACCGCAACUUCAUCACGGUGUUAGCACAGAGCCAUCCAGAGAUUGACAUCCCAACUACACCUACCACGCCCACUCCAACCACACCUACAACACCGCUUGGCACAACCCCGCCCUCCCUAGACAUGAUGAACAACCCUGAGCUGCCGUUAGAUCCCAACCUGCAGACGAGCAACCUUCUGAUCACCUUCCUCAAGUAUGCCUCCAUUGUAAUGCAGGACACUAAAGAUGAACAUCGACUCAACAGUGCCAGACUGUGCCUAAUCAUCCUCACCUGCAUAGCCGAGGACCAGUACGCUGAUGCCUUUCUUCAUGAUGACAACAUGAACUUCAGAGUCAAUCUCCACAAAAUGCCAAUGAGACACAGAAAAAAAGCGGUGGACAAGAACAUCCCUUCACGGCCUCUGGUGUGUGCGGUUCUAGAUCUGAUGGUGGAGUUCAUUGUCACCCACAUGAUGAAGGAUUUCCCCAUGGAUUUAUACUUGCGCUGUGUGCAGAUCAUCCACAAACUGCUGUGCUACCAGAAGAAGUGCAGAAUCAGAUUACACUACACCUGGAGGGAGCUCUGGUCAGCGCUCAUCAACCUGCUGAAGUUCCUGCUGUCUAAUGAGACCACACUGCUGGCCAAGCACAACAUCUUUCAUCUAGCCUUACUGGUAGUGAACUUGUUCAACAUGUUCAUAACAUACGGCGACACAUUCCUGCCCACCUCCAACAGCUACGACGAGCUGUACUACGAAAUCGUACGAAUGCACCAGGUCUUUGACAACCUCUACUGUAUGGUUUUAAGAGUAUCAACCAACACGGGCCAGUGGAAGGAAGCAGCCAGUAAAGUUACACACGCCCUCGUCAAUGUUCGGGCAAUCAUCAACCAUUUUAACCCCAAGAUAGAGUCGUACGCUGCUGUGAACCACAUCUCCCAGCUGUCAGAAGAGCAGGUGCUCGAGGUAGUUCGGACCAACUAUGACACACUGACCCUCAAACUGCAGGAUGGUUUGGACCAGUUUGAGAGAUACUCGGAGCAGCCGAAAGAGUCUGCCUUCUUCAAGGAGCUAGUUCGCUCCAUCAGUCUGAAUGUGAGGAAGAACGUCUCUCUUAACACACUGAGUCAGGACAUCUUGCUCAAAGAGUUUUCAACCAUCUCCUGAGACACACAUUCACACACACACCAAGCCUUCUCCUUUCUUCAGAUGGACAUGGACAGUACUAUUUCUGUGUGCGUGUGAACAUGUAAACAGACUUUGACACAUACAAUACAAACACCAAAAGUACAAUCCCCCAGUUUUCUUCCUAUGAUUGCUUUUUGUCCCUCUGUCUCUUAAUGAACAUUGGAAACAUCUCCAAACAGACGGACUUGCUGACGUGCUGGAUGCACCUUAGAAAACGACCUGAAAAUUCUUCAAACUAAAUACCUUUGUGCUUGUUCGUAUGUGUGUUUUAACUUUAAGGAAGUGCCCGUGUUGCACUGGUUUGUCAUGUGCAAUCUUCAGUAUUGGCUGGACUGUUAACUUACUCAUAAAAGUUUAGACAUAGAGGUGAAGAAUCAUCAAGUAUUUUUAAGGAAGGUGUUCCCAUAGCUCCUGCUGUCAAAGUGGACAGUUUAUGAUUUUCUCUCCAGUGAUUAUUUAGGAGAUUUAGGCUUUCAGUGAAACAUUAUUUCCUCGAUAACAGCAUCUGAACUGGUGACCCUGAGUAUUUUUGAGUUUAAAUGUUACUGUAAGAGCUCAUGAAUUGCAGCAUUAACUCUGAAUGCUUUCAGUGUGAAUGUUAACCUAAUUCUCUAGAUGUUCAAGAGAAAUGUCAAAGUAUUUUGUAUUUACAUGAUUGUUAAAGGGUAGAAUAUUUUGAAAAGAAAGUUGAGAAUGAUCUGAAGUAAUGAAAUCAUUAUAUAGUCAUUGCAAAUCUGCUUUCCUGAACAAAGCCAUUACUAACAUUCACUACAGUUCGUCACAGAGAAGGAAUUUCUUUAUUAGUUUAACAAAUACAUCUGAAUGUGUGUGUGUGUGUGUGUGUGUGUGUGUGUGUGUGUGUGUGUGUGUGUGUGUGUGUGUGUGUGUGUGUGUGUGUGUGUGUGUGUGUGUGUGUGUGUGUGUGUGUGUGUGUGUGUGUGUGUGUGUGUGUGUGUGUGUGUGUGUGUGUGUGUGUGUGUGUGUAAGGGGGUGUUAUGAUUCUUAAAAGUGAUGAAUUCCUGUAUGUGUCUUGCACAAGACGCCUGGUUAAUGUUAAAAGAAAAAUUGAUACCUUCAGCUGUUUAAUCUCACUCUGGGUCUCUCUCAUUCAAAACUUUUGAAGUGGUUAUUUUUGACUGGAAGCAGAACUGAAUUAUGCAAUUUCUUUAAAUGUAGGGACUCAUUUCUUUCCCCUCUUACUCCUGUAGGCAUAUUUAUGUUUGUUUUUUUAAAUAAAGGUUUGUUUCCUAAUACUAAA